AUGGCAACUCAAUUUAUCAACUGGAUCAAGUCUCCAGCUGGCAGACAAUACUUUUUCUCUACACAUUUCUGGGGUCCAGUAGCCAACUGGGGUCUUCCUCUAGCCGCGAUUGCCGAUCUGAGCAAAGAUGAGGAGAUGAUCUCGGGUACCAUGUCCGGUGCGCUCUGCGCUUACUCUACCGUCUUUAUGAGGUUCGCAUGGAGGGUUCAACCACGCAACUACCUGCUAUUUGCAUGCCAUGCUACCAAUGCUACUGCACAGGCUGGUCAGCUUAUUCGAUUCUUCAACUACCACAACUUUGGAGGAAAGGAGAAACGUGCCGCUUUGCCAUCGUCUCAAGUCGCAUCCGCAUAA